CCAUUUACAAGAUCAAAAACCCUCUUCUCAUCACCUGAAAACAGCUUUUCUCCAUCCAAAAAUGGCAGGAAUUGUAGUGGUUUUUGAUUUUGAUAAGACGAUUAUCGACUGCGACAGUGAUAACUGGGUGAUUGACGAGUUAGGUGCCACUGAAUUGUUCAAUCAACUGCUCCCUACCAUGCCCUGGAACUCCCUCAUGGAUAGAAUGAUGAAAGAGCUUCAUGACCUAGGCAAAACGAUUGAGGAUAUUACAGAAGUUCUGAAACGAACUCCUAUACAUCCCAGGAAUAUUCCGGCCAUUAAGUCAGCUCAUGACUUAGGGUGUGAUUUGAAGAUAGUAAGCGAUGCAAAUACGUUCUUCAUUGAGACAUUUUUGAAGCAUCAUGGGAUAUGGGAAUUGUUCUCAGAGAUUCACACGAACCCCAGUUUUGUUGACGAUGAAGGGAGGCUGAGGAUUUUCCCUCACCAUGACUUUACCAAUACCAAAUCUCCUCUUGACUGCAAUACCAAUCUUUGCCCUCCAAACAUGUGCAAGGCCAUGGUGAUAGAGAAAAUUCAAGCUUGUAAUACAGACAAAAAGUUCAUCUAUCUUGGAGAUGGAAUUGGGGAUUUCUGCCCAAGUUUGAAGCUAAAAAACGGAGACUAUUUGAUGCCAAGGAAGAACUUCCCAGUUUGGGACUUGAUAUGCAAAAAUCAAAAGCUAAUAAAGGCUGAAAUACAUCAGUGGAGUGAUGGACAAGAGAUGGAACAUGUGUUAAUUCGCCUUAUCAAGGCCAUCUCCACUGAAGAAACCAACAAUGGUGAUUCCACUCAAAUAGUUUCAGUUAAGUUGCAGACAAUUCCAGUCACUGCCCAUUAAGCCCUAGCUUGAUUUCAUGAGGAUCAUCAGGCUCAUCCUGGCUAGUUCAUUAUUAUUAUCAUUAUUUUAUUAUAAAGCUAUGAUUUAACGUGUCACAUUUUGGUUUGUUUU